AGAUAUUCCUGAAUCGCUGCGUCUUCAGCAGCACUUUCUCUCUCUCUCUGCCUCUCUGGCGCUGCUCUCCCUCUCCCUCCCUCCCUCGGCUUCUGCUUUUUCUUACUCCUUCUCUCAGCUGCUUAACUACAGCUCCCACUGGAACUUGCACGAUCAUAAAAACAGCUCUCCUCCGGAGCAGCCUCCAGCCGCGCAUCACCUGGAGCCGGGCGGCGGGCCCCGCGCUCCCGCCGCAGAGCCGCCAGGUAGCCGGGGGCGCGCAGGGGGUGCCCCUCUCCGGCUCCCCAGCCGCAGAACAUCUCCCCGGGAUCCGCCGCAGCCUGCGGGGCCGGCCGCCCCGAUGCCCGCGUUUCGGAGCAGCGAUGGGAAGCGCAAAGCCACUGCCCGUGGCAACUGAGAGUGGGGAGAGGUUGCUGCAGUAGCGGCGCUGCAGAAUGUGUGAGUGAAGACCGGAGCCCCGCUAGGUUCUCCAUCCCGCUCCGUCUUCGCUGUGUCCGGGAGGGCAGCCGGGGACCCCCUGCACUCACCAGGCGGUGCCACCCUGGAUCUAUAACUGUGAACUCCCUACUGUGGAAAAUGGUAAACAAAGACAUGAAUGGAUUCCCAGUCAAGAAAUGCUCAGCCUUCCAAUUUUUUAAGAAGCGGGUACGAAGAUGGAUCAAGAGCCCAAUGGUCAGUGUGGACAAGCAUCAGAGUCCCAGCCUGAAGUACACAGGCCCCUCGGUCAUGCACAUCCCUCCAGGGGAGCCAGAUUUUGAGUCUUCCUUGUGUCCAACGUGCCUGGGAGACCAUGCUUUCCAAAGAGGUGUUCUCCCUCAGGAGAAAGAGUCAUGUUCAUGGGAAACUCAAUCCGGGUGUGAAGCGAAAGAGCCAUGUAAUCAUGCCAGCAUCCUGACCAAGCCUGACCCAAGAGCCUUCUGGACUAAUGAUGAUUCAGCUUUCAUGAAACAGAGGAGGAUGGGCCUGAACGACUUUAUUCAGAAGAUUGCCAAUAACUCAUAUGCAUGCAAACACCCUGAAGUUCAGUCCAUUUUGAAAAUCUCCCAACCUCAGGAGCCUGAGCUUAUGAAUGCCAACCCUUCUCCUCCACCAAGUCCUUCUCAGCAAAUCAACCUUGGCCCAUCAUCCAAUCCUCAUGCUAAACCAUCUGACUUUCACUUCUUGAAAGUGAUUGGGAAAGGCAGUUUUGGGAAGGUUCUUCUAGCAAGACACAAAGCAGAAGAAGCAUUCUAUGCAGUCAAAGUUUUACAGAAGAAAGCCAUCCUGAAAAAGAAGGAGGAAAAGCAUAUUAUGUCGGAACGGAAUGUUCUACUGAAGAAUGUGAAACACCCUUUCCUAGUGGGGCUUCACUUCUCUUUCCAGACUGCUGACAAAUUGUACUUUGUCCUUGACUACAUCAACGGUGGAGAGCUGUUCUACCAUCUCCAGAGGGAACGUUGCUUCCUGGAACCACGGGCUCGCUUCUAUGCUGCUGAAAUAGCCAGUGCCUUGGGUUACCUGCACUCCCUGAACAUCGUUUAUAGAGACUUAAAACCAGAGAAUAUUCUGCUGGAUUCACAGGGACACAUUGUCCUUACUGACUUUGGGCUCUGCAAGGAGAACAUCGAACACAAUGGCACGACAUCCACCUUCUGUGGCACGCCUGAGUAUCUCGCCCCCGAGGUGCUCCAUAAGCAGCCUUAUGACAGGACCGUGGACUGGUGGUGCCUGGGGGCCGUCUUAUAUGAGAUGCUGUAUGGCCUGCCUCCUUUUUACAGCCGAAACACAGCUGAGAUGUAUGACAACAUUCUGAACAAGCCCCUCCAGCUGAAGCCAAAUAUUACCAAUUCUGCCAGACACCUCCUGGAGGGCCUCCUGCAGAAGGAGAGGACGAAGAGACUGGGUGCCAAGGACGACUUCAUGGAGAUUAAGAAUCAUGUCUUCUUCUCCCUGAUUAACUGGGAUGAUCUCAUUAAUAAGAAGAUUACUCCCCCUUUUAACCCAAAUGUGAGUGGACCUAGUGACCUGCGGCACUUCGAUCCUGAGUUCACCGAAGAGCCGGUCCCCAACUCCAUCGGCAGGUCCCCCGACAGCAUCCUCCUCACAGCCAGCGUCAAGGAAGCGGCCGAGGCCUUCCUAGGCUUUUCCUAUGCUCCUCCUAUGGACUCUUUCCUCUGAACAGUCCUCGGGGUGGUCUUGAAGGAUUUUGUGUGUGUGUGUGUGUGUGUGUAAGCGUUUUAGUUAGCCUCGUGGCAGAGCUGCCCGCUGACAGGACAUCUUAAAAGAGAAUUUGCACAUCUCUGGAAGCUUGCACAUCUUGGCAGUCUUAUUGCACACUGUUUGCUGGAAGCUUUUUGAAGAGCACAUCCUCCUCAGUGAGCUCAUGAGGUUUUCAUUUUUAUUCUUCCUUCCAACAUGGUGCUAUCUCUGCAAUGAGCAUUUGCGUGCCGCCGUAGACAGAUGCAGUAGUCUUAUUAGGAUGAUGCAGUUCUAAGAAGGGUUUUCGGAAGGUCUGUCUGGGCCGUGAUAACGAAUCUUAUGAAAUGUGCCUUUUCUGAUGAGAUCGUGUUAGCUCCAAAGCUUUUCCUAUUGCAGAGUGUUUCAGUUCUUUAUUUUUCCUUGUGGAUUUACUGUGUGAACAGUGGUAUGAGUGUGGUAUGCUUGAUCACAGAUGGGUUUAGUUCUAAGCAUCAAUGUGACACUUGCAGGACACUACAAUGUGGGACAUUGUUUGUUUCUUCCAUAUUUGGAAGAUAAAUUUAUGUGUAGACCGUUUUGUUUUUUUUUUGUAAGAUACAGUUAAUAACUAAAAUUUAUUGAAAAUGGUCUUGCAAUGACUUGUAUCCAGAUGCUUAAAGAAAGCAUUGCUGCUACAAAUAUUUCUAUUUUUAGAAAGGGUUUUUAUGGACCAAUGCCCCAGUUGUCAGUCAAAGCCUGGUAUUUUCAUUGUUUAAAAUGUCACCUGUAAAAUGGGCAUUAUUUAUGUUUUUCUUUUUUUUUUGCAUUCCUGAUAAUUGUAUGUAUUGUAUAAAGAAAGUCUGUACAUUGGGUUAUAACACUAGUAUAUUUAAACUUACAGGCUUAUUUGUAAUGUAAACCACCAUUUUAAUGUACUGUAAUUAACAUGGUUAUAAUAUGUACAAUUCUUUCCCCCCUCCCCACCACACAACUUUUUUUGUGUGUGAUAAACCAACUUUGGUUUGCAAUAAAACCUUGAAAAAUAUUUAA